AGAUCUCCAGAAGCUCAAUCAUGGCCAAAACACAAGCCCUGCUGCUCAUUGGAAUAUUCGCAUCAGCAGGAUUCGAUGGAUGUUUCUCCGUUGUUCCUGAGGAGGAGAAGAACCCAAACUUUUGGUAUGUAAAGGCUAAAGAUUCUCUACACGCAUCGCUCUCAAUGACAUUCAACACGCACCGCGCCAAAAACCUCAUCCUCUUCCUCGGAGAUGGCAUGGGAAUCAGCACCGUGACCGCAGCAAGAGUCUUGAAGGGACAGAUGAACAAGAAAACAGGAGAAGAAAGUGUCUUAGCCAUGGACACCUUCCCGUACCUCGCUUUGUCCAAGACCUAUAAUGUGGACCAGCAGAUGCCUGACAGUGCAGCGACGGCCACUGCGUAUCUCUGUGGUGUGAAGGCAAACUACGGCACUCUGGGACUCAGUGCGGCUGCGCAGAGAGAAGUCUGCAGCUCCGUUAAAGGCAACGAGGUCAAAUCCAUCCUUCAUCAGGCCAAGAUGGCAGGGAAGUCUGUCGGUAUAGUGAGCACAGCACGUGUCCAGCACGCGUCGCCCGCCGCCAGUUACUCGCACACCCCUGAGCGAGGCUGGUACAGCGAUAAAGAGCUGACGUCUGAAGCCGUGGCAGGAGGAUGCCAAGAUAUCGCAGUCCAGCUCAUCACUAACACGGAUAUAAACGUUAUUUUAGGUGGCGGCAGGCAGUAUAUGUUUCCUCGGGAAACCACUGAUCCUGAAUACUCCACAGUCACAGGGAGCCGGAAAGACAAGAGAAAUCUUGUUGAUGAGUGGCUAAAAAACAGAAAAAAUGCUCAAUAUGUGUGGAAUAAACAACAGUUUGAUGCUGUAAAUGAGGACAAGACAGAUUAUUUAAUGGGGCUUUUUGAGCCAAAGGACACCAGGUACGAGCUGGAGCGUGAUCCUAAGAUGGACCCGUCGCUGACAGAAAUGGUGGAAAAAGCCAUAAAGAUUCUCAGGAAAAACCCCAAUGGGUUCUACCUCUUUGUGGAAGGCGGGAGAAUAGAUCACGGCCAUCACGCGGGACAGGCCAAAUACGCUCUGACUGAAGCUGUGGAGUUCGACAAUUCUAUCGAGCGGGCCGGACAGCUGACCAGCGAACUCGACACCCUGUCUGUGGUCACCGCUGACCACUCACACGUGUUUUCUUUUGGUGGAUACUCCUACAGGGGAAACCCUGUGCUGGGUGUUUCCUAUGCCAAAGGUGAGGAUGGAAAGAGUUUUACCAAUGCGCUUUACGGAAACGGUCCAGGAUACCAGAUCACUAACGGGACUCGACCUGAUGUCAAUGAGAGCGUUUCAGGCCGUGAUGACUAUCUCCAACAGGCUGCGGUUCCUCUUGAUUCAGAAACUCAUGGCUCGGAGGAUGUGGCUAUUUUCGCUAAAGGCCCGAUGGCGCACCUCUUCCACGGGGUGCAAGAGCAGAGCUACAUUCCUCACGCUAUGGCCUUCGCAGCCUGCAUCGAGCCGUACAGCGACUGUCAGCUACACGACUCUGGUGUCUACACUCAGUUCAGCGCCGCGGUGCUGCUGUUCAGCCUGAUGUCCUCCAUUACUGCUCUUAUUUAACCUGACUGCACGCUUCUACAUCCCAGUAGAGCUUAUUACAGUUGAACAUAUGAAACCUCCUGUUGUCUUAAGUCCACUGAAGUUUUUUUUUCUUAUUAAAGCAGACCUAUUAUGCCCCUUUUUACAAGAUGUAAAUGAAGUCUCUGAUGUCCGGAAAGUGUGUAGUGAAUUUUCAGCUCAAAUUACCACACAUAUAAUGUUCUGAAGCUGCCCAUGUUAGAUUUAGAUCCACAUUGUGCCAUUUUAAUGACUGUCGCUUUAAAUUCAAAUAAGAUUUUCAAAAGGGGCGGAGUCACAAAUGUUUGUGUGUCACCAUAGUGACAGAUUCAAAACAAGAUUAACCUUAUCUGUGUGAAACCGUGAGGAGCCUCAGAAGAAGGCAGAAGUCUCCUGUAUCCUCUUAGUCUAUGCUGACUAUUAUCUUUAGCAGCUCAAACACUCUAAAGGUUGCUUCUCACUCAGGGCUGCUGUUUAUGUUAAUGAGGAUGAGAUCAUCAUGAAUGGCUUUCCCUGUCUGAUGACAUGUACAAUGUCUUUUUACAUUUUUACCAUUAGCAGCUGGUUAUAUUCAACUGGUUAUGUUUAAACCCCUUAUUAUAAAGUGAUUUUUGUAAAAUAGGUCCCAGUUAAGAUAUUGAAAUCCUCUGUGAGGACGUGCAUUUCUUAAUUCAUUAGUUAAUUAAUUAAUUACUGAGUUUGCAGCAUUUCUUUCUUUAGGCGUUGGACAAAUGAGGCUUGAUAUUUGUCAAUAAAAUCUGACAUUUAAAAC